GCAAGUAAUCAAAACUAGCGCCGAGGCGAUCCGACUAAUUUGCAACAAAAACGCCAUAUUGAUAUUUAAUUUUCGGAAUGCAAUGUUUAUAUGACGCAUUCAUGUAAUAUAUGCCAUCAGACUGAAGAGUAAUUAUUUGAUUUGUGUCAGGCUAAUUGCAUUAGUACACAUCGAUCACGAAUCUUGCGAAGUAAAACUCGGGCCUGUUUCGCACAAGCGAGUGGGUGUGCACUCUGUUCAAAUUAGGAUUUUAGAAGAAUUUCAAGAAUGCCUGUUCGAAAGCAGGACGCCCACCGAGCGCUGGAGCUCUUGGAAGACUAUCACAGCCGCCUGAACAAACCACAAGAUAAGCCACUGAAGAAUGCCAUAGAAAGAGUGAUCAGAAUCUUCAAAAGCAAGCUGUUCCAGGCUCUCUUAGAUAUUCAAGAGUUCUAUGAGACCACAUUGCUGGAUGAUUCUAAGGAUGUUAACCAGAAGACAUUGGAGACCCUCCAGAUGGUGAGAAGAAUGGAAAAGGAUGGACCAAUCACAAUCUCCACACCGAAACCUGAGAAACAAAACACUGACGAUGAUGAGGAUUUACCCCCACCACCCCCAGAACUGACAUAUGAACCAGUGGUGGAGAAGCCGCAGUCUUACACUGUAACCAAAGUGAACAACAUAGCCCCACCCCCUGUACCACCCCCCACAGUACCCUAUCAUGAGAGCUCCGAGCUCCCUCCACCGCCCCGAGGCUCAGCUGAUGAGGAGGUUGAUGACGCAGAUUAUAUGAACGGGGAUAAUGACUGGGAGUAUGAAGAAAUUCCAUUGGAAAGGGGUACAACAGGGCUGGGUUUCAGCAUCGCCGGCGGCAGUGACAACCCUCACGUUGACGAGGAUCCAAGCAUCUUCAUCACAAAGAUCAUACCUGGAGGGGCUGCGGCAGCAGAUGGAAGGCUAAGGAUGAAUGAUGUGAUUGUGAAGGUGGACAACGACAAUGUGGUGAACGUGACACACAGCGAGGCGGUCGAUGCUCUGAAAAGGGCUGGAAAACGGGUUGUACUGUAUGUCAAGAGACUGAAGGCCCCUAUUGAGAACAUCGUUACCAUAGAGCUCUCCAAGGGAAACAGAGGCUUGGGCUUCAGCAUAGCAGGUGGCAUUGGGAACCAGCACAUUCCAGGGGAUGAUGGGAUAUUUGUUACCAAGGUGAUCGAGGGCGGAGCAGCAGAGCAAGAUGGCCGUCUUGCAGUUGGUGACAGACUUGUGGCUGUGAACAACACCAACCUGGAAAACGUGAGCCACGACGAGGCUGUGGCUGCCCUCAAGGCCACGUCUGAACACGUGGUGCUCACCGUGGCCAAGUCCUUCAUUCCAGCCCUGCCCGACAGUGAGCCGCCCCAGAUCCCUCCUCCAGAGGAAAAACCAGAAAAACCUCAUAAACCAGUUGUUGCCCCAAAGCCUGUCCAAUCAGUGACAUCCACUCCGAAAAGCUUUGCUUCAUCACCCUCGUCAAGGCCACCAGCUCACUAUGAUGAAGAUCCAACCAGACAAGAACUCAUUCGACCUGAUGAAAUCCGAAAAGAUAUGCCAAACCUAGAGUUACUGGACCUUCCUUCACACCAUACUGAUAUUGAGAUUGAAGACUUUCCAAAGGAGCCCCGAAAGGUUGUUCUGAAGAAGGGCUAUACGGGCCUGGGCUUCAACAUCGUGGGAGGGGAGGAUGGAGAGGGCAUCUUUGUGUCGUUCAUCCUGGCGGGAGGGCCUGCGGACCUUAGUGGCGAGAUACGCCGUGGCGACCAGAUUCUCUCCGUUAAUGGCACAGACUUGAGGAGAGCCACCCACGAGGAGGCUGCAGCCUGCUUGAAGAAUGCUGGAGAUGUGGUUGAGCUUGUCUGUCAAUACAGGCCAGAAGAAUACAACAGAUUUGAGGCUAAAAUCCAGGACCUGAGAGAGCAGAUGAUGAACACAAGUACCGGCAGUCUGCAGACCACCAGGAAAAGAACACUUUUCGUCAGAGCCUUGUUUGACUACGACCCCAGUAAGGACAGCGGUCUGCCCAGCAAGGGUCUAGCGUUCAUGUACGGAGACAUCCUGCAUGUGGUGAACGCCAGCGAUGACGAGUGGUGGCAGGCCAAGCGUAUACUGCCCACAGGCGAUGAGGAGGGCAUAGGGAUUAUACCAAGUAAAAAAAGAGUGGAAAGGAAGGAGAGGGCUAGAACAAAAGCUGUCAAAUUUACUGGAAAAAGCAAUGUCGAUAAAAAUAAUGUUCAAUUAAACGACCGGGGCAAAAAGAAGAACUUUUCAUUCUCCCGGCGAUUCCCAUUCAUGAAAAGCAAAGACCAGAGCGGAAGUGAAGACAUUAGUUGUGAUGAACGCGCAGAAAGUGAAUCUAGCUUCAGAGGUGAUGAACCCAUUCUGUCCUAUGAAGCAGUUGUGCAGCAAGAAUUGAAGUACACCCGACCAGUGAUAAUAUUGGGGCCACUAAAGGACAGGAUCAAUGAUGACCUUAUAGCAGAGUUCCCAGAUAGAUUCGGCAGCUGUGUUCCACAUACCACAAGAGAACCGCGGGACAACGAGCAAGACGGUCGUGACUACCACUUUGUGUCGUCACGGGAGAAGAUGGAAUUGGACAUUCAAAACCACCUGUUUAUCGAGGCCGGACAGUACAACGCUAACCUGUAUGGAACCAGUGUGGCAUCUGUGAAAGAGGUCGCUGAAAAGGGCAAGCACUGCAUAUUGGAUGUGAGUGGGAAUGCCAUCAAGCGGCUACAGGUGGCCAACCUCUACCCUGUGGCAAUACUUGUGAAACCUAAGACUGUAGAGUCCAUUAUGGAGAUGAACAAACGUAUCACAGAGGAGCAGGCACGACUGACGUAUGACCGCACAGUGAAACUGGAGCAGGAAUUUGGCGAAUACUUCACAGCGGUGGUGCAAGGGGACACAGCCAGUGAAAUCUAUGCAAAGGUCAAAGAAGUCAUUAAGGACCAAUCAGGACCCACCAUCUGGGUCCCAGCCAAGGACAAGUUAUAGACAACCUCUGCUGCAGAGCUGGGAACCAAAUAAACAGGAUGGAUAGAACUGUUGUGUCUAAAAAUAGAACUGUGUUAGAAAGUUAUUUUCAGAAUCAUGUGAGUUUUGGAAAAGUCUCUUCACAUGUGGUCAUGAAGUUAUUUUUAUUGUCCAAAACUGUAUUGGCGUGAAAAUAUUUAUAUGAGCCACUUAUUUAGGACAGAGUUUUGAGAGAUACGAAUCCAGUGAAACAUGAAUCUGGUUAAAGAGAAAUACUUGAGGCAAUGAAAUAUGUUUGACCAUAAGCUAGAAAAAUCAGAUUUGUAUUGACUUUUGUUUUAUUGGAUUAUAAGAUGAAAGACAAAACUGAGUUUCACGCAGUGGUGUGAUGUAUGAACAUUCAAACGGUUUGAGAUUCUACAGUAUGGAACAACUGACUUAGAGCAAUAGCUGGAAAGGUUUUACUGUGAACUGAUAUCGUAGUAGUGUUAAAUGAAAGAAACGUUUUUAUUGUAAAUUUUUUACAAUCCUUGUUUUUAAGCAUUGUUCUUGGGUCCUCAGAAAUGUCUUAUUUGGAAUCUUACACCAAUUUAAUUCUCUCCACCGAGUCAGUUGAUAACUUUUUUAAAAUAAAUACAAUCUUAAUGUUGUUUUUUUUUAAAAGACCAUUCAGCCUGUUUGGGGUCUUUUUUAGUGGCAAAGUUUCUGCAACUUAAAUACCUUUGUUUGUUAUUUUUUUCAUAAUUUUGUCCUCACUUAAUUGUUGUAUUUUUACUAGAAAUUAUAUGAAGACAUGUUUCGAGCAAACCAUUUUUGGACAUGCACCAUUGUCGAUUUGACAAUUUAACAUAUCAGCACAGAUUCUCCAGUUUACAGUUUGAACUCACCUAAAAUUGCUAGCCUCAUUUGGAAGUAAGAUAACACGAGUUAUUUAAUCUAGAAGGGGGCAGAAAUAUUGGUGCAUCUUUUUUGUAUCAUCCUUUUUCUUUUGGAACCAUUCUCGUUAUGAUUGUGCACAUAUACGGCCUAAGUUUUGUAAUUUGAAACACAUGUUAUCUGUCAUGUGAUUAUAGGUAUUUUAUUUUUGUAACAUUGAUAAUACACUCUCAUUAGUUAAAAAAUAUGAUGCUUUGUUUCUCUUCCACAGCCUUCAAUUAUAAUCUGACUCUAAAUCAACCUCGGACCUCAAUUGUCCACUGUGUCUAAUAUUUUUAACAUAUCCCAGAGAAUGUGCAAUAAAAAUGUUUACUAAUAAUGCAGUUAGAUUUCUUAAUAUUCAUAUAAGAUUCAUGUACUAUAUCUUAUUUACUCUGAGUACUAAGAAAAGAAUGAUCGUCCAGUCGGGGUCAUGUCCUAAAACAUGUAACAGCUGCUAAGCAAGUGAGCCAUGCACCUGGAAAACAAGGCUUAAUGCAUGUGUGCCGUCCACACAUGUUUAUGAAAAAAAUAAUUAUUAAAGCAAGUGUCUUUUUAAAGAAAAUGCAGUCUACCCCUGUAAGCGGAAAGUGUUGUCACUAAAUAGCCUGUGCAGACUGCACAGGCUAACCUGGGACAACACUUUACGCACAUGCAUCAAGCCCCUUUUUCACAGGCUCAAAUGGUUAGUGUGACUCUUUGCUUGAAAACCGUUUUUGAGAAUAUUCUGUCUUUCUGGUAUGUAUAAAGAUUUCAUUUUUAAGUCUAUAAAGAUAUCAUUUUGAUGGCAAACAAAAAAGUUCCAGCUUAUAAUAUUUUCAAAAUCCAUUACUUGGAACCCUCAACAAAUCCUAUUAUGAAGUAGGCCAUGGUUAUUAUUAUGAAAGAAGCGAUGCCUGCUUCCAAAUGAUGUGUUUUUCUUGCAAUGACAUUUAUGACUAGGACCUACUUUUUCCAGAUUGAUGUUUUUAAUAAUAAGUCCAUAGAGAAGAAGCUUUACGAGAAGAGGUAUCAUUUCAACCCUUUUCCCAUAAGAAGGAAAGUGAAAAUGGCUUUUGCAACCAGCAUAAAACCAGAACAGCCUGCAAGUAACUCGCAGUCUGUUCAGGUUUUAUGCUGUUUGCUGCUCUUCGGUAUUACCAGUAUAAGGUUGGAAAUGAAGCCUUUAAAACUUGAAUUUAGUAAGAGAGGUAAUUUAAAUUAAAUUUAACUUUCAAUGGGACUACAAAUGCAUCAAAAUACUUCUCUAUGUGGUAAAGGAUUAUCAAGAGUGGAUUCAUCUUCGGUAAAUUUAACUUUAGAACAGUGUACAUAGUGUGGAUGCUAAAUCAAGAAGUCUUCCAAUAUUCUUAACGAUUUCAAUAUCCAAAUAUUUUUAGUUACUUCACUUUCACUAAAAUGUUUGAAAUACAUUUGUUUGCUAGAGAAUUUUGAUGUUAAAGAUGCUUUCAUCACCUUUUUAGGGCCCCUUUUCAAGCAUCCACUCAAGGAAAACUUAAGGAAAGUCUUAAAUCCAUCAAAAAUAAAAGUCUAUGGCUAUAUGAUUUUAAUGUAUUUUUAUGGUUAAAUGUUUAAAGCAAGGAAAUAUUGCUGAAAUGGUUAAUAUUGUGUUAUUUUGUAAGCAGAAUAGUCUGGGUUUCAUAUUGGAAAUUGUAUCUGAAAGUUGCAUUGUAUUACUAGUAUGUUAAGAUAUCCAGACUGCAGCUUUGUGAAUACUGGCCCAGUUCACAAAAAUUGGAGGGUUAAGUGUAAAACUGUUGUAUCCAAUAUUGAAAUGUAAAGAAAAUUCAAUGGUUUUGCUUUGAACCUUCAAAUUGUGAUUGCAAUUAUAACAAAGCACCAACUUAAGUGUUGUGGUUUCCUAACUCCAGUGAACAUUUUGAUGUGUGUGUGUUUCGUAUUUAUACUUAUGUGUAGCACAAGCAUUCAGUAUAUAUUUCAUAAUGGAUAUUUUGUACAAAUUUAUCAUUAUUAUGGUAACUGCACUAGUAAGUGUUGUGAAUUUGCAUAGGCAACUGCGCUUCUUGACUGGUUGAAAUUAUAUGAGCCGUGCUCUGUGAAAAGGGCGUUUAAUGCAUGUGCGUUAAGUGUCGUCCCAGAUUAGCCUGUGCAGUCUGCACUGUCUAAUUAGGGACAACACUUUCCGCCUAAACUGGAUUUUUUCUAAGAAAAGACUCUCUGUAAAUGAACAAUAUCAUACAAGUGGAAAGUGUCGUCCCUGAUUAUCCUGUGCUGACUGCACAGGCUAAUCUGGGAUCACAUUUUAUUCACAUGCAUUAAACCCCCUUUUCACAGAGCAUGGCCGGUAUAGUUUGUGCAAAAGUGGUUUGAAUGUACAUGUAUGUAUGUAUGUAAGUUAAGAGUACAAAUAAACACAUAAAUAUAUACUUAUUAAUAUGUCUGUUCUGUAUGAAAUUGAUGCACAUCUCUAAGUAUGUCUGUUCUGUAUGAAAUUGAUGCACAUCUCUAAGUAUGUCUGUUCUGUAUGAAAUGGAUGCACAUCUCUAAGUAUUUUAACACAAACAUAUUUCUAUUAAGAAUGUGCACAUUUCUUAAAAUUACAAUACUUGAAAUUUUCGCAAGGUCUUUUUGUUGUUGAUUAUUUUAUGAAUAAUAAAUAUGGUGAAGAUGGUAAAAUUUAUGGAAUAUAUUCAUUUUCAUGAUUCAAUAUAGUGAAAACAUACAUGAUUUACUAUGUAUGGUGAUUUAAAAAAACAUAUGUGAAUUUCUUUGUACAAAUAUAAAACAAAUUGAAAAUCCUUUUUUAUCUAUUGCAAUAAACUUUAAAGUGUACGGGGUAACAAUUUAAUUAUGGUAAAUGCUUAUUUAGAUACUUUGUAAAGUGUUUAUUGGACAUUAAAAUAUGUGACUUGUGUCAUUUUCUUGGAACCUGAUUCUAAUUUUUGAAAGUUAGUCUUUGACCUCCGUAACAAUGUAUUUGAAUGACCUUUCAUCUCUGUAACAAUGUAUUUGAAUGACCUGUGCAGAAUGAAGUAAGCAUGGCUGUUAUCAUGUCAUGAAUGUCACAUGUCUAGAUGUGUUUAACACAAUAUUUCAUAUCAAAAUGUUGUCAUUUGUUUUGUAUAUAUUGACAACGAUGUAAAUAUCAGUGACUUUUAAAAUAUUUCGUAGUUGUAUUUUUAUGACAUUUGUAAACAAUAUGCCAUCAUAAUCAUUAAAAACCACAUAUAACAAUUGUGCAAUUUUCGUUAUAAUUUAUAUUAUUAUAGCAAUCUCGCAUUGUACCAUUAGCACAUGCACUCAAUUAACCACUUUAUGAACCUCAAUGUUCAACAGAAUCUGGGUAUUUUAAUGAAACAAAUAAUAUAUGUACUUUAUUGUUGCAAAAGGUUUAUUGUACUUUCAAUAGGUUCACUGGUAGAAACAAUAUGUAUCAAUAGCUGUAUUACAGUUCUGACAAUAAAUACUAUAAAUCAA